UCACCUCACCUCACCUCACCUUCUCCUUCCUUCAUCGUCGAAUCACCUCACCGACUGAAAAAUGCAGCGGCGGGCGUUCUUCUGAGCCCGCCGCCGCCGCCAUCGAUCUCACCCUUCUCCCUUCUACCUUCGCCCAGAUUUCCCCCCUCCUCCUUCGCGAUUUCUGAUCCCUCGCGAUUUCUCGCGAUUUCUUUCUUCUCUCUGUGCAUCGAUAACGACCUGGUGAAAAGGACGACGACGGGUCCACAUUUCAAAGGGACCAUAGCCAACAGAUCGCAUUCCCCACCAGCAACAAUGGACGAUAUGGUUGAGCUUAUUCUGCAUCAUGGAGGCGCGAUGAAUAUGUCGGGGGGUGUUCCACAGUACGUUGGGGGGGUUGUCGAUGUCGUCAAUGUGAAUCGUGACUCUUUUGCUAGGUUGUCAGAAUCAAAACUUAUGCCACACCAACGAUUCUGCCUUAUUUUGUACAUGCUGUACAUGCUAGGACAUGUUAAAAGCAUCUAGUGACUCUUUUGCUAGGUACUCAGAAUCCCAACUUAUGGCACAUCCUGUUGAUUAAUCCUUAUUUUGUACAUGCUACUGC